GGGAGGCUAUGGACCGCGACCAUUCACUCGCAGCAUCCAUUCGGGACGCGCUGGAAAUAAUGCUCCGGCUACUUAUUAUUUGCGCGCUACAACAAAAAGCACUUUGGCGUGUGUCAGCCUCAACUAAUUGUUGCUUUCCAGACGAGAAUCGCUCCCUGCAGACUUGAAUUACAUCUCUGCAGCAUCCUUUGCAGAGUGGCCUCUGCUGCCGAUUCCAUUUUCUUUCUUUCCCCCCUCGUUGCAUUUAAAGAGGGUGCCAUCGACGGAACCGGAGACUGGGCUCACAGAUCUGGACUCUCUCGUCCUGCACCAGCAUCCCGGACUAUAAACCAGCGGACGCUCUCAUUCAUAGAUGGAGUAAAUAAUUAGAGGGGAGGGAGGAAAAAAAAAAAAAACAAAGUUAUCCAGUUACGCACAAGCGGGGUUUUUUUUCUUCUAUUUUACGCGUGUAAUCGGGGUGAUUAUUAGAAGGGAUCCGGAGGGAUAAGGCUGGUGUGCAGAUGAGGAAUACGAAGUCGUGCUCGUCAGACGCGGCGCUGUUCACCUGGAAUACCUGAAGCUUCUCCAAUGACACGCAGCUGCAGCAACUUAUAAACACUGUUGCAUGUUCCCACGGCUGAUUUCUCGGCCCCCCGUGGCCCUAUAGCAUUCUAGAUUCAUGUUUCCUUUUACGUCGGAGCCUUCAGAAACUCGCAGCAGCUGAAUUACAUGUCCAGCACCACCACCACCACCACCACCCCUCCUCCUCCUCCUCCUCCUCCUCCCCUGGAUGAGGAUGCUGCCUUGAAGCGCAAUGAUGCCCGGGACUCGAAGGAUGUUCUGAUCAGGAUGACAUUUGGUUGAAACACCCCGAAGCACAGACUAAACGUUCCUUUUUAAAAUUAUUAUUAUUGUUAUAUAUAUUUUUUAUUAGGAUUAUUCAUUUCGUGCGCUGAGAGGCUGCAUCAAGAUCCGACCUCUGCCGAACCAGACUUUCGUUUUUUUUAGACUCGGUUCGGGGAGAUGGCCGCGAUCGCCAGCUCCCUGAUCCGGCAGAAACGCCAGGCGAGGGAGUCCAACAGCGACCGAGUGUCGACUUCCAAACGCCGCCCCAGCCCCAGCAAAGACCCCCGCUCUCUGUGCGAGAGGCAUUUCUUGGGGGUCUUCAGCAAAGUCCGUUUCUGCAGCGGCAAGAAAAGACCCGUUCGGCGGCGACCAGAUGCACCCUCGAAACCUCCACAGGUGUCCCAUAAGGGCUGCAGGCUAGAGCCACAGCUGAAAGGCAUCGUGACACGACUGUUCAGCCAGCAGGGCUUCUACCUGCAGAUGCAGCCGGAUGGAACCAUCGACGGCAGCAAGGACGAGAACAGCGACAACACCCUGUUUAAUCUUAUCCCUGUGGGUCUGAGAGUGGUGGCCAUCCAGGGGGUGAAGAGUGGCUUCUACAUUGCCAUGAAUGGCGAGGGCAUGCUCUACAGCUCGGAGAUGUUCACGCCAGAGUGUAAGUUCAAGGAGUCGGUUUUCGAGAACUACUACGUGAUCUACUCGUCCACUGUGUACCGGCAGCAGGAGUCAGGACGGGCCUGGUUCCUUGGCCUCACCAAGGAGGGACAAGUCAUGAAGGGUAACCGGGUCAAGAAGACCAAGCCCUCAUCACACUUUGUGCCCAGGCCCAUUGAAGUUUGUAUGUACAGGGAGCCGUCACUGCAUGAGAUAGAGGACAAGCACCGCUCCAGGAAGAGCUCAGGGACUCCCACCAUGAACGGAGGGAAAGCUGUCAAUCAGGACUCCACAUAGCACCAGGGGGAGGGGCUUCCAGCUGGGGGGCGUGGCCUCAUCCUGACUCAGGGGAGGGGGCCAUAGGAAAACUCACGACCCCCCCGAUAUACGCACCACCAUGCCCUCUGAUAAAACCAGAGGGUGUUGCGACGACAAGGAGCUAUUACUGUACACUCAAGACAACAAAAACUGAACUCUUGCCUGUGAAAACCUUUUAGAUGAAUUAAUAUGAAACCAGAGGAUAUAUAUGAAGAAAAUAAUUUUCAAUCAGGACUUGACCAACAUUUUAUGCAAAAAAAAGAGAAAAAGCUGUGAUAAACAAAGUAAUGGUGGUCUCCCUUCACACAAAUACGAAUAUCUCUCAUUUUCAAUUUAUGCUGUGAAAAACAAGCUUUAAUACAUGUUCAAUUUUCAUACACUGAGUUUUUUUUUUUCUAAAUGCUAUUGCACUCUCAUAUGCUUUGUUGUGUUAUUGUUGUCAGUAAUAACUAUACCAUCAUCAUUAUCAUUAUAAUCAUCAUUACUAAUCCGUUUAUCUUAUCAUCCCAGUUACUAUCAUGGUUAUUCUGGCUUUCUUUUUUGUUUUGGGGCCUAAAAGAAAGUAUUUUUUAAUUACUCAUGUUUUUUCUCUCACAGUUUGAUCUCGAAUGCACUGUCACACCACUUUAUUCUGGUGUGAGGUUAAAAAAAAUGAAAGUAUCGAUAGUUCUCUAUGUUGGACUCCAGUGGAAACAGAGUGUUAAGGGUGGGAUGUAAUUUACUCAGGUGUGUACUGUAAGUUAGACUAAUGUGACUAAUAGGACACAAACUCCCCUAUGUUGUCCUGCUGCUGUGGCAGGACAGGACUGAUACAAGCAAUAUAAUAGAGAGCAGCCUAGUAAGUCUCUAAAUAAUACUAAUAACAGCUGACAAGACAUCGCCGUGGUCGGUGUGUUUGUCGGUAGAAAAGACUGACAAAGAAAGUUGCGUAAGUUGGUAAAAGUUGGAAUCAAAGGAAACCUGUUUUGAUAUAGCUUCCGUAUAAUCUUAACAUUUGCCAGGACUAUAAGGUUAGAAGCAAAGAGAUGUCCACACUUGUCAAAAAUGACAAAGAAAUAGUAUUCUCUCCAGAAGCUGAGAGGAAGAUAAUGACCAGCAUCAGCACUACGAGCCAUGGCCAAAAAUGGUCACCUCACAUUUGCACCUCAAGAAACACAGACCCCUUUCUCUGCUGUUAGCUAUAACAACAACUCUCAAAAUAUAACUAUAUACCAGUAUUCAUGCUUUUGAACUAUAUGGACAAAUCAUGAAUUAUUCUUUGAUGAAAGACUUCUGCUGUUUUUCUAAGCGAGAGAUAGAAAUGGACAUUGUUUUGGCAUGCCUAGCAGCGGAGGGUUGUGUCGACUAAUUUUUAAGAAGUUCUACUGUUUCUGUUACUUUUAUUGUGAAAUCAUUAGUGGGUUUUCAACACUGGUGGACAGGGUGCCUGACUGUUUAAUAAACCGAUGACCUGACAUGUGGAUAUUUUCAAUGUAAGGUCGCAAUCAUUUCAGCUUUCCCAGCACAAUGGAAGCAGAAUGUUUCAUUGAGGAGCCAGUUCAUCUGGAUUUAGCCAGGUGUGAGGAGGAUGUUUUACCAGUCUUGGUGAGGUAAUCUCACAGUUUAUUUUUUCUGAAAUGGUAACACAUGCACUCUCCAUCCCUCCUGGUUUUGUGACCCAUGAAAUGAGCCAUUUAGCUGCAUUGUGGAGGAAAGCUUCUCUUUCAUAAAUCAACAUACUGACAGGGCUGUAUAAACAAGGUUAAUUGACUGGUACACCACAUACGCCGUGUACGCUGCCUGCUGAGCUCAUUCCUAAUCCCCAAUUAGUUUGUCUAACUCAGGAAGUCCUACAGUUGUUCCAUGAAUGGGGCCAGACAUGAAGGCUGGUCCGCCCAUUUGUCCAGCGCUCGUUGCACAAAGGCUGGCACCGGUGUGGUGUUUAAGGAUUGGGGUCAAUGGUGUUUUUAAUCAUCAAAGGUGAUACACAGCUAAGCCUAGCCAGCUGGCUGAAAAAGGAAACAGGCGAGACAAAGCAUGGCCAUAGCAUGACUGUAAGAGUUGAUGUAAGUUUGGUUUAUGGUGAGAUCUAAUAAGAGAAUUUGGGGAGAAUAGGUCUAAAACUUUUAUAUGCAACGUUUUGAUCAGUAUUUUAGCGAGAGUUUAUAUACCUCUCCGAUAUCUGGUUGGAAACCAUACGCUCGGUUGGUGGUAUGUACAGUAAAUAGCACACAUUCAGUUGCACAGAGCAAAGCGCAGUGAUAUACCAUAAUGGAUCUGGAAGGGUCUUCCACCUCUGGCCUGGGUCCACAGCUGAUGCAAGUUAUCUGCAAGAGCUAAUGGUAGAUUAGUUCAACUUCCACAGCACCUACUGCAUAACAGUGAUACAUACAGUAUAUUAGACGUGACACUGAGAGUGAACAGGCAAGACCAGCAUAUAAAUAUCUUUUUACAGAGGUUUAUAUUGGUGCAAAUGAGGUACAUGUGGAUUUAAAGCAAUGCAUGUAAUUGGAUGUACUCAGUGUCAACUGUUGACAGCAGAAUGGAAGGAUUUGAGAAAGGAAUGCAUAAAGCGAGGUGGUAAAAAUAGCUGAUGUGAGAGAGCAGUAAAGCAAAGCACUUUUAAUGUGGGUUUAUUGAUGUAUGAAAGGUUGAACGAAGGCUUCGGUCGUAUGAGAUAUUAAAUAUAAUUUAAUAUUUUUCUGUUUGCAGAUGAUUUCACUGCAUUGGAACACGCUCAUAUAUGCAUUAUGAAUUGUGAGAUGACAUAAAAAAAUAUGCAUUGAUAAUAAAAAUCAGAAUGAAGUUAGUGAUUGUUUAAGAAUAAAGACUAUGUUAUCAAAAAAAACUUUUCA